GGCGGGUGCGGGGUCGCGGUCCCCUCGGUCAUGGCGGGCACGGAGGCCGCGCGGCUGAGCGCGGAGAUCGGGCGGCGGGAGCAGGAGCUGCGCGGCCUGCGGCAGCGCUUGGCCGACCUCCUGGCGGGGCGUGCAGGGGAGGACGCCGCGGCCACGGAGGAGGGCGCCUCCGCCUUUCCCGACCAGCUGCCGCCGCUGCCCGCCCGGGCUUCCCUGAGCCCCGCUGACAUCCUGCGGUACAGCCGGCAGCUGGUGCUGCCGGAGCUGGGCGUGCGGGGGCAGCUGCUCCUGGCCCGCUCCUCCGUGCUUGUGGUGGGCUGCGGCGGGCUGGGCUGCCCCCUGGCCCAGUACCUGGCCGCGGCCGGCGUGGGCCGCCUGGGCCUGGUGGAUCACGACGUGGUGGAGACGAGUAACCUGCACCGGCAGGUGCUGCACGGGGAGGCCCGCCGAGGGCUCCCCAAGGCUGCGUCUGCCGCGGCAGCCCUGCGGCUGCUGAACUCCACGGUGCAGUACGUGCCCUACUGCGGGGCCCUGAGCCCCCGCACCGCCCUGCAGCUGGUGCGGCAGUUCGACAUCGUCGCUGACUGCUCCGACAACGUCCCCACCAGGUACUUGCUAAACGACGCCUGUGUCCUGGCUGGGAAACCGCUGGUGUCCGGCAGUGCCCUCCGGCUGGAGGGGCAGCUCGUCGUGUACAACUACCAGGGAGGGCCCUGCUACAGGUGCCUCUUCCCCAAGCCCCCUCCACCAGAGACGGUGACUAACUGUGCAGAUGGAGGGGUGCUGGGCGUUGUGCCAGGCAUCAUGGGGUGCAUCCAGGCCUUGGAGGUGCUGAAGAUUGCCUCGGGAAUGGGUUCCUCCUUCAGUCAGUUCAUGCUCGUGUUUGAUGCCCUUGAAGGGAGAUUUCGCAAUAUCAAGUUAAGACCCAAGAAGCCAGACUGUGCUGUUUGUGGUGACAACCCAUCUGUCACCUGCCUGCAGGAUUAUGAGGCAUUCUGUGGUUCUUCUGCAACAGACAAGUGCAGGACUUUAAAUCUGCUGUCCAGUAAAGACAGGAUAUCUGUAGAGCAGUACAAAAAACUGUUGGAUGAGCAAGUUCCUCAUGUACUGUUAGAUGUUCGGCCGCAGGUGGAAGUGGAAAUCUGCCGCCUGCUUCAUGCUGUCCACGUGCCUCUGAGCAAACUAGAGGAGAAAGAUAAAGAAUAUCUGCAAUAUUUAGAAGAAAGAAUUUGUGAAGAAAAGCAGAGAACUAAUGGCCAAACGUCUUUGCCUGUAUAUGUUGUUUGCAAAUUGGGAAAUGACUCCCAGAAGGCUGUAAGAAUUCUGCAGGAAUUACCUGUCAAAGAGUUUGGUUCUGUCUUAGCCAAGGAUAUUAAAGGGGGGCUCAUGGCUUGGUCCACUAAAAUUGACCCAACAUUUCCACAGUAUUAGAAAUAUAAAUGGUCUAAAAAAAAAUAAAUCGUAGUAAAUUCUGUAGGGUUUCAUCUUCUCUGUGUAAUGACUAGAUCAUGUGGAUAAAAUAGGAGAUAGAAAUACCAUGUUACUUUUUUAAUGAUGUUUUUUUUCCCCAAAAUGUGUGUAUUUUUGUAUAUGAUUAUUUUUAUAAAAAUGUGGAACUCUGCAUGGACUCCUAAUUAAUAAUGGUAGCCUGGAGAGUGACAGAGCACAGGAAUCAAGUGUUGGAAUUUUUUACUUGUUCUCACUGCCUUAUGAAUGGAAAUGGUGCAUGCAGUGAAUAAAGAAACCCAAACCUAACUCCUCUAGCUGGUCAGUAGCAAUGUUAAGCUUAUAAUGGGAGAUUGCCAAGACAAUGCUGACAAGACUGUUUUGGUCAACAUCUUUAGUUCUCUGUAGAAGCAUCAUGUGUUUAUGAAAGAGAAGUGCUUGCUGCCAGUAACAGCACCUGCAGCAAGGGUGUUAAGUUCUGUUAAGAACUUCCAGGGCCAUCCAUCCUUGUUUGCUGGCUGGCAAAAAAAAGUGUGUUGUACUUGUAUAGAGAAACUGAGGUUAAAUGUUAACAAGAUAUAAGUUUGAGCCCAGAAAAUGUAUAAAACAUACAGAAAAUACUUUUGCUAGGUCUUAGAAGAUUUCAGAGACUGAGGGAUGGAGAGGAGGUGAGAGGGAAAAAGAGAGAUGUGGUCUUUCUGCAAGUACAAAGCUCAUAAGUUUUCUCCCUGUUCAUCGAGGUUGUUGCACAUCUCCAGCUGUAGUGCAUUAUUUUGUUAACUGGCAUGAAGAGCUACACAUACCUAAAAAGUUCUUGUGCAUUAACUGAAUGAAAAGAGAAAUAAAUAGCUUCCCAACUGA